AUGCCUUCCUUCACAAAACUUCUCCCUUCUUGUCUUACCCCACUCCUCUUGUCCGGAAACGCAUUGUCCGCCCAAGUCACCCUUCCUUAUGGAACAUUCCUUGGCCUCGACAACUACACCAGUGAUCUGGGCAGUCCGCUGCCCAAUCCCCUUGUUGCCUACUUACAUAUACCUUAUGCUGCCCCUCCUACUGGUGCCCGUCGCUUUGCUCGUCCUCAGCCGCCUCUCCGGAUGAACGGCACAGUUUCAUCAACAGAGUAUGGUCCUGUCUGCCCGCAAAGUACGAGACCCAACAUGGACGAGGACUGCUUGUCGCUAGCGGUGUUUGCGCCCAAGGGUACUACGACAUCAGACAAACUGCCGGUAGUGAUAUGGAUUCACGGUGGCGCAUUCAACGCCGGCUCCAAGCAAGGGUUUAGCCUUGCUUCGAUGAUCUCACACUCACCGGUCAAGUAUAUCGGAGUGUCAAUCGAAUAUCGCUUAGGGGCUCUUGGAUUUUUACCAUCCAACCUUACACAUCGAGCAAAUAGCCUCAACCUCGGACUUUACGACCAGCAAUAUGCAAUCCAAUGGGUCCAGAAGUACAUAUCCUUAUUCGGAGGAGAUCCCCACCAGGUCACUUUGUUCGGCGAAUCUGCUGGAGCAACCUCUGUUGGCUAUCACUUGCUACACGUAGACGGACCUCCGCCUUUCAAGAGGGUCAUCAUGGACUCCGGAGGACCCACCGCAAGAGCGUUUCCUGACUGGACAUAUCCUCUGUACCAGACUCAGACAGACGAGUUCCUGAAUCUGACCGGAUGCUAUCGAGGUGCAAACGAGACGGCUACGUUCUCGUGUCUGCGAGAGAUCUCUAUGGAGACUAUCAGAAAUGCUAGCGUAUCCGUGUUUAACAAAUAUGACCCCGCAGUUACUUGGCCGUUCCAACCGGUGGUGGACUAUCAAUUUAUUGCUCGACCGGCUCACGAGUCUUGGGAAUCUGGCCAAGUCAAUAAUGUUUCAGUUUUCACUGGGUUCAAUAGCGAUGAAGGAUCUAUAUUUGUUCAUAAAAAUCUCAAUACCACCGAAGAGUUCAAAGGGUUUUUCAGAAAUCUUGCUCCCAAGAUCUCUGAUUCUCAGCUCGAUGCCGUUGCAAACCUUUACCCUGGACCCGACAUCCCUGGGUCACCUUACGCGAACUCCUCGCUCGACCGUCGAUUCUGGCGUGUCGCAGUAGCAUACGGUGACUUUGCAUAUAUUUCUCAAGUUCAGGCCAACGCUGUAUACGCAUCGAAAUUAAAUAUGCCGGUUUGGAAGUAUCACUUUGCCUACUUAACCUCCGAUCCCGACGGAGUUAAACACGGCUCCGAACUACAAUACGUCAACACAGUUAUAGCUCUUGAUAAACCCAGAGAAGUCGCCGACCAAGCAAAGAUUAUGAAUGCUUAUUGGAGCUCUUUCAUUGCUUUUGGAGAUCCCAACAAGGUCAACUCUUCGGCUCCUGCCUGGCCGAGAUACACUACCCAGAACGAGACGCAAAUCAGGUUCUCGAAUGGGACCGCAUAUACCGAGCCUGAUAAUAUCCGUCGCAACGCGACCGACUUUUGGCGAAGUAUCCCGGAUGUUCUGAUGCACUGA